UUUCGAUUAUUGCAUCGUUUAAUUCAUUUAGCAAUUAGCAGUUCCAAAGGCAAUACACUAAUACCAUCCAUUAUUAAUGAAUAACACUUAUCACGUUAAUUUCAGCCUCCAGAAGAUAUUCCGAGAACAAAAAUUAUGGAUAUACCCUUGGCUGAUACUUGCGAUGAACAUGCACAAUAAAUUAACAUUCAAUAUUCAUAUGACAAAAAUUACUUUCUUAAUUGUAAUUUUAAUUAUUUCUCGUACAAAUUCAAUGGAUUAUAAAUUUCCAAAUGACUUUAUGUUUGGUACUGCAACUGCUGCUUAUCAAAUAGAAGGAGGCUGGAAUGAAGAUGGAAAAGGAGAAAAUAUUUGGGACUAUUUAGUUCAUAAUAGUCCGGAAUUAAUAGUAGAUAAAACUAAUGGUGAUAUUGCUUGUGAUUCUUAUCACAAGUAUAAAGAAGAUAUAGAACUGGCAAAAAAUUUAAAUGUGAAAUUUUAUCGUUUUUCCAUAUCAUGGGCUCGAAUAUCACCAACCGGAGAAAUGAAUACAUUAAAUGAAAAAGGAAUAGCAUAUUAUAAUCGUAUUAUUGAUGAACUUAUCAAAAACGAUAUUAUUCCAUUUGUUACAAUGUAUCAUUGGGAUCUACCACAAUACCUACAGGAUCUUGGAGGUUGGGUUAAUCCAAUUAUGUCAGAUUAUUUUAAAGAAUAUGCACGAGUGUUAUUUACUUACUACGGAGACAGAGUAAAAUGGUGGAUAACGAUUAAUGAACCAUUGGAAAUUUGUAAAGGUUAUGCCAUUAAAGCAUAUGCCCCAUACUUAAAUUUAAACAAUACCGGAUUUUAUUUGGCAGCUCAUACACAACUUAUUGCACAUGGAAAAGCCUAUAGGUUAUAUGAAGAGAUUUUCAAACCUACUCAACAAGGAAAAAUAAGUAUUUCAAUAAGCGGACUCUUUUUCUUACCAAAAAAUGCUGAGUCACUUGAUGAUAUAAACACUGCUAAGAGAGCAAAUCAAUUUGAGGUAAUAAUAUAAUAUAGCCUAUAGGUA